AGUCUACAGGAUCCUUAAUAAUAUCUAAUAUAUUAAAUUUAAAAUAAACAGAAAAUAAAAUAUCCUGAAAACCUAUAUAAUCUUUGUUUUCUAUUAAAUUACAAAUUCCGCCCACAACUUCGUCCUCUCUCUCGCGUUUGUGAUAGAGAUAGAGUUGUUAGCUAGCUCACACGCUUCUAUUUUCCCGACUCGAUUUUAUAGGAAUUAGCAGCAAAACAGAAAAAGAUAAAAAAAAAAACCAAAAAAACUGGGUCUGCGAAAGUUAGGCCGAAAGAAACGAUCAAACAGUCUUUGAGAUUGUUUUUUUUUCUUUCUCUCUCUAAUGGAUUCAAGAGAUAUCCCACAACAGUUUCAGCCACCACUGUUUCAUUACCCUAACUUUAACACUAGCGCAAUGAUGGGACCUAACUCGACUUCCCAGUCGAUUAAUCAUCGUCUAACUUUUGGCUCUCUCACACCUCGUGGGACGCUUCAGCAGCAAGAAGAGCAGUUGGAUCAGAAAACGCUUGAAUCUCUUGGAUACGUCGAUGAAGUAUCGCCUUCUUCUCAACCGAUGCGAUCUGGGAUCGAUCAGAGCCAACAACAAGUGAAGAGGAAGAGAGGAAGGCCAAGGAAAUACGCUCCUGAUGGUACCAUUGCAUUAGGUCUAGCUCCGACUUCUCCUCUUCUUGGUGACGGAGACAGCGGCAGAGUAAAUACAAACUCUGCUAAACGAGCAAGAGGAAGACCUCCGGGCUCCAUCAAGAAACAAUAUGAUGCUUUAGGAACAUCAGGAGGUAUGUUUACUCAUGUCAUUGAAGUGCAAGAAGGAGAGGAAAUAGUAUCAAAGGUGGCGGCUCUUUCGACUCAAGGGCCACGAACAGUUAUUGUUCUCUCUGCAGCUGGCGCAGUUUCUAGAGUGAUACUUCAUAAUGCUAGUGGAAUUCAGAAUUAUAAGGGACAGUUCGAGAUCGUUACACUCUCUGGCUCCUUCUCCAAUUAUGAGGUAAAUGGUUCCAUCGAAAGAACUGGUAGUUUGACUGUGGCUUUGGCUGGUCCCAAUGCCCAGAUUUUAGGUGGCCUAGUUGGUCGGUUAGUAGCUGUAACACCAGUGCAGAUCAUAGUGGGAAGCUUUGUUGACGAAGCAAAGAAACUGAAACAGAGUACCGGUAACAAUGCUCAGGGACAGAAUCCUGAACCGGUUUCAGCACCAGCUAAUAUGUUGAACUUUGGAUCGAACUCUCAAGGACCAUCUAGCGAGUCAUCAGAUGAGAAUGAAAGUGGUUCUCCUUCAGUGCAGCACCAUGACAACAACAAUAAUGGGAUUUAUGGAAACUCAAUGGCUCAACAACAGCAACUGCGUCAGAUGCAAAUGUAUAAUCUUUGGCCUAGUAGUGGUCAAUAAAUAGAAUUUGCGUUUUGGUUUUGGUUUGGUUUGGUUUAGGCUGGUUUUGAUCUUUGUUUCCUUUGAGAAGGUUAAGCUUCAAGCUUGAGGAUUCUUUGUAGCUUCUUUUGUUUUGUUUUUGGAGAUUUUAGAUACAUAUAGGAGAUCUUAAAAUUAGGGUUCUUUCAGUUUUGUUUUACUUUACUCAUUGUAAGAGUGAUUAAUUUAGUUUCUCGGUCAAUUUUCUUUUAUUUUAUUUUACCGUGAUGGUCAAUAAAAGAUCUCUCUUUUUCUUGUUUCU